AUGGGGAACGUACAGACAACAACAAGUUCAAGCAUCACGAAUGUUUGUGGGGUUGACCCAGCCGGAGAACCAGAUUAUUUUCACGAAGUCUUGAGUGACGACUGGCACUGUGAAAACAACGCACAGGGAAAUAUGCAAAGCGCCCUUUCCAGAGUGAAAGUCUGCAAACAUGACGCUAUCGCUGUUCAAGGCAUAUUGAGGAAUGAAUACUUUUCUUCCUGGAAUGAAACAUGUGACGUCACAGAGGCCAGACGAAUUUCUACAAACAACUUGGACGAGCUAAUUUCAAAGGUUGAGAUGCAGUACAGAGGAAGUCAUUGCAAUAUAAGAAGAAAAAUCGAAGCAAUUAGAUGGGCGCCAUCUUGGUCUCACAAAAUUUUUGAGUUUUCGUUUGGUGAUAAAAUCGAUGCCGGAGAAGUUGUAUUUGGAAUGAUUUGCAUCGUCAAAAGUCCCGAUGGUCGAACACUUGAUGCAAUCUGUUCACGUUACAAGCUUGAUUUCACUUUAGCUCAAGAAAAAGUGGUGACAGAAGAAACAUUCAACCUUUUCGGUUUCAUACCCGUAGAGACCAACACUACAGUUCGUUAUCGUCAAAGAAACCUAGAGCAUUUUUCAAAGGAACAAAUUUUAAAUUUCUGUCGAUUGAAAGCUUUAGAGUCUUUUAAAAAUCAUGGUUUCAUCAAUCAAGUGUCAUUUGUAAAUUCUCUCUCAGUUGCCACUAAAUGA